AUGCUGGUGAGGUCUCUCGUUAGAAAAGCCCUGAUUCCUCAUUCGCUACCGAUUAUGUCCAAGCAGCAGACUUUGGGCAGUUUUUUCAGCAGCGCGAGAGCCAGCGCCUCCGCUCCCGUUGCUAAGAAGCAGAAGAUUGAAAUCACCACUCCAGAGUUGACGCCAGAUCCCAAAACUGACAGUGAAAGCGAAAAGGACAAGGAAGUUGUGUCGGAGUCACCGAAUAAGCCUAUAUUUGCUGUUGACGAUGCAAAACAGCUUCUGUCCAAGGAGACUAAGGAAAGUACCCACGUUCCACCCAUCAGCAACUCGAAACCGAUUCCCUAUUCUGCAUUAGCGGAUGUAUUUGAGAAGUUGGAACAGGAAUCGGCCCGACUUAAAAACUUGGCAAUUGCAAGUGAGUUUUUUCAAGAGAUUCUUCAAAGUGACCGUCCAGAAGGGUUGAUACAGGUGACGUAUCUCAUGAUCAAUCGCCUGGGCCCUGAUUAUGAACCGGGUUUGGAGCUCGGCCUUGGUGAAACGUUGCUACUGAAGGCGAUAGCAGAGGGAACUGGCCGUGCAGCAUCGCAGAUCAAGGCUGAUUACCACCGUGUUGGUGAUAUUGGUUUGGUUGCUCAACAAUCCAGAUCAAGACAGCCGACGAUGUUCAAGCCAAAGCCACUGACUGUUCCCGUGGUGUUUGAAAAUCUCACCCAGAUUGCCAGGAUGACCGGCAACUCAUCUCAGGCACGCAAAAUCGGAAUCAUCAACAAGAUGCUCACCGCCUGUGAGAACCAGGAGGCGAAGUUUUUGAUGCGUUCGUUGGAAGGAAAACUGCGGAUCAACUUUGGCGAGAAGUCCGUGCUGGUAGCUCUUGCAAAAGCUUUUGUUGAGAACGAAGCUUCCAAAAGGAAUAAAAAGGGAACAGCCGAAGCUCUUGUCCAGGCAGAGGAGAAGAUCAAAGUCGCAUUUAGUCAAACGCCGAACUACGAGGUGAUCAUCAAGACUGCUUUGGAAUAUGGUAUCCAGAACAUUGUCGAACAUUGUACUCUCAAACCUGGUAUUCCGCUUAAGCCUAUGCUGGCAAAGCCGACCAAGUCGAUUACUGAGAUUUUGGACCAAUUCCAGGGCGAAGAGUUCACAUGCGAGUAUAAAUACGAUGGCGAACGUGCACAGCUUCAUUUGCUUGAAGAUGGAUCCAUCCGAAUCUACUCCCGUAACUCUGAGGAUAUGAGUGAGAGGUACCCGGACUUGAUUGCGGUAGUGAAAGCAAUGAAGGCCUCCAACCCAAAUGUGAAUACCCUAAUACUGGAUUGUGAGUGUGUGGCUUGGGAUGUAGAGCAGAAGAAGAUUUUGCCUUUCCAAGUUUUAUCAACUAGAAAGAGGAAGGAUGUUCAGACCAGCGAUAUAAAGGUCCAAGUCUGUCUCUUUGCAUUUGACUGUCUCUUUUACAAUGGUGAAUCUCUCAUCACGCAGAGUCUCAAAGAGAGACGAUCCUUACUGAAGGAUAACUUGGAGCCAAUAGAGGGCAAGUUUCAGUAUGCCAAGGGAAUGGACUCUUCCAAUGUGGAUGAGAUUCAAGGCUUUUUGGACCAGUCUGUAAAGGACGCCUGUGAAGGUCUCAUGGUGAAAACGCUCAACGGGAGUGAAUCCGGAUACGAGCCUUCCAAGAGAUCACGCAACUGGCUGAAACUCAAGAAGGACUACUUGGAAGGUGUUGGCGACUCGCUUGACCUUGUGGUCGUGGGUGGUUACAUCGGUAAAGGUAAGAGAACAGGCUGGUAUGGUGGAUUCUUGCUUGCUACUUAUAAUCAGGACACUGGAGAAUACGAAACUGCUUGCAAAAUUGGAACAGGGUUUAGCGAAGAUGAUUUGAAGAAGCUAUCUGAGACUCUCAAGCCAACCGAAUUGUCCAAACCCAAAGGAUCAUUUGUUUACGAGAAGAAUAACUCUAACGCGCUUCCAGACGUGUGGUUUGAACCCACGCUGGUAUUUGAAGUCUUGACGGCGGAUCUAUCUCUAUCCCCAAUCUACAAGGCUGGUGCGGCAAACUAUGGUAAGGGAAUCUCGUUACGAUUCCCUCGCUUCAUCAGAAUCAGAGAUGAUAAAGGGCCCGAAGAUGCCACCAGCAGUGACCAAAUAAUCGAAUUUUAUGAGAGACAAGCGAAUGUCUGA